AUGCGGGUGUGGCGUUUAAGAAAUCAGAAUCACUGCAUCAUAGCCUUGAACCAUGUUUACUCGCCACCUCAAGGUGUAAGCGUAGGCACUCAAAUUGUUUCCACCAUUUUUGCGGCUCUUGCAGGAAGUGCUAUGGAAAGCACAUGCAAACGAAUAGGAGGGAACUGCAGCAAAGAAAGCACUCAGAUAAAGUCCGUCAUUAUGGAAUCCCAAAUGCCAAACACUAGUGAAAAUGUGCCUUUUGCCAGGUAUGAUGCAACUGAAGAGGAUGAAGAUUUAAAUCAAUGCGAAGAAAAGAAUCGUGUAAAAGAGUUUGGAUAUCAAAAAGAAAAACGAAAGAAGGAAGAGGUAAUUGUGGAGACUAAAGUUUCAAAGGUUAAAGGUGAAAAGAGUAAAUCCAAAAUAUGCAGGCGUAAAGGUGAAAACAGCGAUGAGGCCGAUGAUGAGUAUUAUGAGUGCCGAGAGGGAGUAACUAAUAAAAGAGCGUUAUAUAACCUUUUGAUAAUUGUUAUUUUUCUUUUCUUCUAA